GCGCUCCGUCCCUUCCAGCGGCAGGCGGAGGGAAGAGAAAGGGUCUGUUGUUUUUCUCUCCUUGUUUCUCUCUCCCUCGCUGCUGAUCACUAAGCUGCUGACCAGGUCAGAAAGCCCUGAUGGAAACCCUCCAGAGCUGGGCAGUCCCCUCCUCCUCCAGGGAGCCUGUCCUUGGCUAAUUUUUCUUUGUCCCGAUGGGAAGAAAAGAAAGAGAGAAAGAAGAAAAAAAGAAAAACCUCAAACUUCCUUUGAAAACCGGCUUGGAGUCGGGGCCUGGAUCGCACGCCCUAGACUCGGCGGCUCGGGGAAUGCUGAGGACGCGCUCUGAGCAGCCCGGGAGCACCUGAGCUGCCCCCUGCCUGCCCUCGCCUCCUCGGGUGCCCUGGGUCCUGGGCGUGGGUCCGGAAGUGGCCUGGGCGCCGCUGGCUCGUAAACCUGCCUAAGCUCUGGCGUUGACAGCUGGAAGGCAGCUGGCACUGUGGCGGCGCCCCCAUCGAAUUGCCGGAGCCGAACCCUCCUUCUCAGUCCUGGAACAACCUUCUUGAAGGGAAGCUGACUCCACCCAAUGUCUUCAAUUAUCCCACUAGAAUCAUCCCUCCCAGACCUGAAAGCGCAUUAGAGGUGAAAGAGCUCAGCCUGGGGCUGCUCUUCUGUUUACUCAAGCUGACAAAGACACUACUCCUCACUGCCAGGAGUGACUGCAGACACUGGCCAGCCUUCCACACCACAGUUCUCUUCUAAGAUUUUCCUGGGCCUAUUUGCUUUCCAGCCCAAUGAUUUCCUUCUUAUUGAAUCAGCCUCUCUUUUGCACAUCAAGCCUAGAUUAGGCAACUUCCUGAGGACUGUAAAGUCCUUUGGUGCCCCUCUGUUGACUUCUUAUCAUGGAACACCACCAACCUGAGUGUCCAGUCGCUGGCAAGGCCAGGACUGCAGAAGCGGUCAGCCCUGAAAACCACGAGGUUCUAUCAGUACCAGAUGAGCACCCCCAGGGCAAGGAUGCUGGAGAUGCUGAUGGGGUGACCAGAGAUGCUACUGGGGAAGCCAUAGAUGCUGAUGGAGUGGCCCGAGAUGCUGCCGGAGCAGCCAGAGAUGCUAAUGGGGUGGCCAGAGAUGCUGCUGGAACAGCCAGAGAUGCUGAUGAGGCGGCCAGAGAUGCUGAUGCGGUGGCUGGAGAACAGGAGCCGGUAGAUCAAGGGUCACUGCUGGUUCAGGGCCAGGAUAAUCUUGAAUCCCCUCCACCUGACACUAGCUCAAACCAGCCAGGGCCAGACCACGGGACACAGCCCGAGGUAGAGACAGAGGGGGCGUGCUCCAGGCCCCAAGAGCUUCCCCAGUCCCCCAGGGCCCAACAGCUUGAGCUUGAUUUCUACUGUGUGAAGUGGAUCCCCUGGAAGGGAGAGCGGACACCCAUCAUCACCCAGAGCACUAAUGGCCCUUGCCCUCUCCUCGCCAUCAUGAACAUCCUCUUUCUCCAGUGGAAGGUGAAGCUGCCCCCUCAGAAGGAAGUGGUCACAUCCGAUGAGCUCAUGGCCCAUCUUGGAGACUGCCUCCUGUCCAUCAAGCCCCAGGAAAAGUCAGAGGGACUUCAGCUUAAUUUUCAGCAGAAUGUGGACGAUGCAAUGACGGUAUUGCCUAAACUGGCCACAGGCCUGGAUGUCAACGUGCGAUUCACAGGCGUCUCAGAUUUUGAAUAUACACCUGAGUGCAGUAUCUUCGACCUACUAGGGAUACCUCUGUACCACGGCUGGCUUGUUGAUCCACAGAGUCCUGAGGCUGUGAGUGCAGUUGGGAAAUUGAGUUACAAUCAGCUGGUGGAGAAGAUCAUCACCUGCAAGCACUCCAGCGACACCAACCUUGUGACAGAAGGCCUGAUUGCAGAACAGUUCCUGGAGACCACCGCGGCACAGCUGACCUACCACGGACUGUGCGAGCUGACCGCAGCUGCCAAGGAGGGUGAACUUAGCGUCUUCUUCCGAAACAACCACUUUAGCACUCUGACUAAGCACAAGAGUCACUUGUACUUACUGGUCACCGACCAGGGCUUUCUACAGGAGGAACAAGUGGUGUGGGAGAGCCUGCACAAUGUGGACGGAGACAGCUGCUUUUGUGACUCUGACUUUCACCUAAGUCAUUCCCUGGGCAAGGGGCCUGGAGCAGAAGGUGGGAGCGGCUCCCCGGAGCAGCGGCAGGUAGACCAGGACUACCUGAUCGCCUUGUCCCUGCAGCAGCAGCAGCCACAGGGCACGUUGGGUCUUAGCGACUUGGAGCUGGCCCAGCAGCUUCAGCAGGAGGAGUACCAACAGCAACAAGGGGUCCAGCCUGUGCCAGCAAGGGCCCCAUUGCCACAGGGGAGAGGAGCCCCAUCUGGACGCCCAGCUGGAGAGCGGCGGCGGAGGCCAAAGCAAGAGUCCGACUGUGUCCUCCUGUAGCGCUGCCCAGAGCCAGGCUGCCCCGCCUCUCCUUUCAGAGGCUGUGGCUAUUUUGCUUGUUCUCCCAGGUCAACCCCUGAGAUAUGCAGGGUAACUUAUUUAUGGACUGUUGGGGAUCAGAGCAGGAUGUAAAUGUCAAGGUCAGACUCAGUGACAUCCUCGCUGUCCCGGGCUGCGGCCUUCUCUUCCUCCCAAUCACCCAGGGCAACAGUGGGACUGGUGGGGUGAGGAUUUCUGAUUCCCAACUCCCUUUCCCCAGAAUAUCACACUAAUAUAUAGACUCGGGCUCCAGGGUGAGGCCCCUGUCUUGAAGGCAUCUCUCCUACUUCCCACCCUGACAGGCUGGGUCCUUCCUGCUAUCCUGCAGGUGCCUCUCCCUUUGUUUCAGGAUGUGACUUGGGUUUCUAUCUUCAUUAUUUGUAAUGCCUUCCUAGGGAUUUGGAAAUAAAACUUGUCUCCUGA